AUGCAGGGAGCACUUUGCAAAGUAUGUGUUCUACUUGGAAAAACGCAAGGUGGUCGUGGUCAUCAAGAACUUGGAGCCUUUGUUAGUAAGCCAUUUAUUAACUGGAAGAAAGCUUUAGAGAGCUUUGAUCACCAUGCAGAUACGAAGUAUCACAAAUUUGCUGUUGAGCAGGCAGCAAAUUUUGCAACGAUCAUGGAAGGAAAAACGCUUGAUGUUACAGAAUGCUUAAAUGUAGAAAACAAUAAAAUUGCCGAAGAGAACAGAAAAAGAUUAAAAGCCAUUGUUGAAACAAUUAUUCUUUGCGGAAGGCAAGCAAUAGCACUAAGAGGAAGUCAUGAUUCUGGAGAAAUUGGGAUAAAUGAGCCUGAACAUAAUGAUGGUAAUUUUAGAGCACUUCUUCGUUUUCGUGCGCGAUCUGGCGAUGAAGCACUCAAGAAUCAUUUACUAACACAAAACAUUCACAGUAGAGCCAUGUAUACGUCAUCAGUAAUUCAAAAUGAGGUGAUUGAACUAUGUGGUAGUGCUAUUCAAACGCAAGUACUUAAUAGGGUCAAAGAGGCUGGUUUUUUUACUAUACUUGCUGAUGAAACACAAGACAUUUCACGGCGAGAACAAUUAGCGUUAUGUUUACGAUAUGUACACUGCUCAUCUGGGAAAUCGGUUAUACGGGAAGAUUUUUUAGAAUUCAUUCACGUAGAAGAUGUUUCAGCUCAAGCUUUGGCAACGACUAUUAUAUCACAUCUUUUAUCAUAUAACUUGGAUAUGGAUAAAUGGAUUGGUCAAGGCUAUGAUGGCGCUGCAGUGAUGAGCGGCCGGUUACGGGGCGUAAGAACAAUAAUCUCAGAGCAAUACCCGAAGGCGCAAUUCGUACACUGUGUUGCUCAUGUUCUUAACUUAGUUUUAGCGCAUUCAUGUGAGAUACCAAUGAUACGUAACUGUAUCGGAACCAUUAAGAGCGUAAUAAACUUUUUUCGCCAAUCACCGCUUCGCGACGGACUUUUGAAGAAAAUUGCGGAUCAAAUUAACUCAUCUCAUUCAACGCUUAUCUCUCUUUGUGAGACAAGAUGGACCGAGAAACACGUGGCUGUCGAAAGAUUUGCAGAAAUGGUUCCCGUUAUACGCGAAACACUUGGGGCACUUCAAGAUGCUGCAAGCAGCGACGUCGCUACUCAAGCAUACCAUCUUCAAACCGCUAUGGAUAACAGCCAGUUUAUUGUUUCUUUAGUUAUACUGAGAAAAGUUUUUUCAUAUACAGCAAACCUUAACAAAGCAAUGCAGAAAGUCAAUGUCGAUUUGACCAACAUUUGCGAAUAUACAAAAACGGUAAAAACGACUUUACUAAAUGUUCGGAACGAAAGUCAGUUUGCAAUCCUUUUUGAGCAAGCGCAGCAGAUGAGUUCAGGCGAUAUAGUCGUGCCAAGAAUAACUGGAAGGCAAACCCUGCACAAUAAUAUUGCAGCAGAAACUGCCGAAAUAUACUACCGACGAAAUGUGUUUUACCCUUUCAUUGAUCAUGUUAUUGCAGAACUCGACGCUCGUUUUAAACCACAUGAAUCGACGAUCGAAGGAAUUCAAAUGCUGUUACCUGAAAAAACUAGUAAUGACUCCAGGAUAAAAGAAAAUCUUGAAAAAAUUGCACAAACAUUUCUUGGUGGAGAAAAUGAAGGCACAAUAUUUCUGAGUGAAUAUGAGAUAUGGCACAAUCACUGGAAAUCUGUAGCACAAAAACCUGCAACUGUGCUUGACGCUAUCGAUAACUGCGAUGAUCAGUUCUUCCCUUCAAUAAAAAAGCUUCUAAUUAUCUUAGCCACACUCCCAGUGUCCACUGCAACCCCUGAAAGAUCUUUCUCUACCUUAAAGAGGUUAAAAACUUACCUAAGAAAUAAAAUGGGCGAUGAAAGACUUACUGGUCUGGCUUUAAUGAGCGUACACCGAGAUCUGGCGGUGCAACUAGAUUCCGAAGAAAUUAUCAAUCAGUUAGCAAUAAAACGUAAAAGACUAAAUUUAUUAUUUUAA